GCUACUUGCUACAUGCGUUACACCAUUAACAAAACUUAAAUCUUUGGAGGUUAGGCCUCGAUUUAGGCCUCGAUUUUGGGGCUUAGGUGUGCAACUCUCUAUUAGAUGAAGUAUGCUCAUGGAGAAAGAACGCAGAUGAAGUAACCAUUAAGUUGGCCGUUGAAACUUUGAAAUAGUGAUCUUCAUGUCCACCAAGUCUUCUACUGUGCCUGUCAAUGCAUGGAAUUGGGUCAUCCAAGCCCUUUCAAAAUUUAAGCAAGUAGAUUCAUCUACUUUAGUUGGUCUGGUAAAAAAGGCUCCUGCAAUCUCGGAUGAUUUAGGAAAGGAUGCAAGGGAGAUGCUCUCCUUGCGAAUCUUAGAGAGCUUGUUUAUUCAUGGAAGUGAUGAAGCUACAGUUGAUCCUGAGUCUGCCGAAAAUGCUAAAAUCUCUUUUGAUCCAUCAGAGCACUGUGAAGAUGUCCUGCACAAGAUAUUAGACGAGACAUCUGAACCACUGACGGAGUUAGAACGGCGAAAAAGGAAUGUUCGUUCUUUUAUAAUGCAUAAAAGGUCUUCUUUGCCCAAAAGCUCUUUUCAAAAGUUUAAGGAAGCACUUCUUGAGGGCAGUCACCCGCUUCUUUCAACAUUGAGAGAGAGGAGUAAAGUAGGAGCUGCAAAUGUAUCUGAAAAUACAAGUUAUAUGGCCGAUGUCAAUAUUGAUGCCCAAACUACAGUAGCUGAGGAUGAUUUAGCAUCACAAAACCCUUCAAAUGGAAAUAACAAAUUACAAGAAAGCCUAUUACAGAAAUCUAAUAAAUUAGAUAAUUUCACCAGGAGAAUUACAGAGCAUAUUGGAAGAGAAGAACAUGAAACGUCAAUAGGAUCCCCUGUAAAAGGCUUAGGGGAAAAUAUGUUGAUCGAUCAUGUUGAGUAUACUGUAUCAAAGAAGGUUGAACAAAGUUGUGGUAAUGCUAAUACUGAGCAUGGUCAACAGCAGCCUCCUGGUGAUAAUGGUAGUACGCCUCAAGACACAUGUAGAGAGGGACAGGAGAAAACGUUGCCAAUCGAUAGCAUGAAAGGUUUAGAAUUUGGUGGGGAACCUAGGGACUGUAAGAAUGAUACUCUACCAAACGUUUCCAAUAGUGGGCCUUCUGGUGAAGGAAAAAAAUCCAUGGAAAAGGAUAGCCAACUUGAAACUGGUAGUGGUAGCGAGAGGUCUGAUGAUGAGAGGACUGAUAGCGAGUCUGAUGAUGAGAGGACUGAUAUUGCUGCCAAGAAAGAAGCUUUCUUGAGCUCCCAAUGCACACUCAGUCAGGAUACCAUGGCUAUGAAUGACUGCACUGAGAUAUGUCUUUGUAUGAGGUGCAACAAAGGUGGUCAGUUGUUAGUUUGUAGGUCUAAUGCUUGCCCAUUUAGAGUUCAUGAGAGCUGUAUGGGCUCUACUGCCACACUUGAUGAAAAUGGAAAAUUUUACUGCCCAUUUUGUGCAUAUUCUCGUUCAAUAUCCACGUAUCUGUUAGUUAAGAAAAAGGCUUCCUUGGCUAGAAAAGACUUGCAAGCCUUUUUAAGCUUGGGAGUCGAACAUAGACAAAAGAUAUCCUCUAAAAGAGGAGCUGGCCUGGAAACAAAUGAAACAAGACAAAUCGGAGCCUCGGGUGAAAGUUUUGUGGUAUAUGGCAAUGGAGAUACUGUGAGUAGAGGUAAAGAAGAUAGUCCACACGCUAAGCUAUCUUGUGGAGAAGAGGAGACUCGUGUAAGCAAUGCAGAACAUCCAAUGCUAGCUGAACCUUCAAGAUUAUGUGUUAGUAACGAAUUACAUUGUGGAGAUAAAGGUGUUUCUGUAGGCAGUGGAAGUUUGAGAAAAAGAGGAGGGGUGGAGAAAGAAGUAGGCGAAGUGUCUCGACCUCUUACAAGGAUGGAAGCACAUAAAAUUGGUGAAAAUGCUGCUAUUCAUUCAGACAAUGGAUACUUGAAUCAGCCAACUACUGACUCGCUUUAUCAGCCAUUACACCAACCAAGGAUGCCUAAAGCAGAUUACAAUGAAAACGAAAGUCCUGCUUCUGAUGUUUCUAAUCACUCAAGACGAUCCUAUAAGCAGAAAUCACCGUACACAUCUCCAACAAUUCCUUUAUUAGGGCGAAAGAAACUCCAAUGGACUAAAUCAGAGGAGGAGAUACUAAAGGAAGGGGUGCAGAGACUUUGGAGUAUCGAUAAUAAGAGAAUUCCAUGGAGGGAGAUAUUGAGUUUCGGUGAAGGGGUGUUCCACAAAAGCCGUACGGCAAUCGACCUAAAAGAUAAAUGGAGAAAUAUAUGCAAAGGAAGCCCUGCAGCUAAGAAACCAAAACUAUAGGUGUUUGUUGAUAGGACUGGUUGUGUUGGUGUUGUAAGUAAUGAAUGGGAAUUUGGGUGUUGUAAGUAAUGAAUGGGAAUUUGGGUGUAGUAGGUACUGAUUUGUGGUCCAAAUGGAUUUGGGUUGGAUUAUUGCAUCUACAGUUUGA